AUGGCAGGUCCCCUGCUCCCGCCCCUGCUGACCCUACUGCUGGCCUCAGCCCUGGGCUCUGCUAGACAAGCAGGUAAUGAAAAGGAGUCCGGGGACAGAAUUAUUGAUGGCGUUCCAUGUCUCAGAGGCUCUCACCCCUGGCAGGUGGCCCUGCUCAAAGGCGAUGAACUGCACUGUGGAGGGGUGCUGGUGGACGAGCAAUGGGUGCUCACCGCCGCCCACUGCAAGAUGAGGCACUACAAUGCGUACAUGGGCAGUGACAAGCUGAACAGUAAUAAAGGUCAGAAGAUCAGCGCCACAGAGUCAUUCGUCCACCCUGGCUACUCCACACAGACCCACGUCAAUGACCUCAUGCUCGUGAAGCUCAGCCGCCCCGCCAAGCUGUCAUCCACUGUGAAGAAGGCCCACCUGCCCUUCCGCUGCGCUCCGCCCGGGACCAGUUGUACCGUUUCUGGCUGGGGCACCAUCACUAGCCCUGAUGUGACCUUCCCAUCACAGCUCAUGUGUACGACUGUCAGGCUCAUCUCCUCCCAGGACUGCAAAAAGGUUUACAAGGACCUGCUGGGGGCAUCCAUGCUAUGUGCCGGCAUCAAAGACUCGAAGACCAACGCCUGCAAUGGUGACUCAGGAGGACCACUGAUUUGCGAAGGUUACCUACAAGGCCUGGUAUCCUGGGGAACUUUCCCGUGUGGCCAAGCCAAUGACCCAGGUGUUUAUACCAAAGUCUGCAACUUCACCGAUUGGAUCAAUGAGACCAUGAGAAACAAUCGCUAA